AUGGACAAAGAGGACGCAGGUGAAUUCCGGAUGACGGCCCCUCUUGGGAAGAAAGGGAGAAGAGAAUUGGAAGUUGGAGAAAAUAGGAAGAAAUGUCAGGGCUUGUCAAAAGCGUAUAGCAGCCUUGCUACCCAGCUCUGUCGCUCCUGUUUGCGAUGUUUCACAAUAGACGUGCUCUAUGAGUUCUGUAGGGAUGACACCACUUUCAAAGAAGAGAUAAACACAAGUCUGAAGCUCACGAAAGCCCACUUCCGGGCUCUCAUUCAGGGCAGCCCCCUGCUGGUAAUCCUCUCUGGAGGAUCCACAGGCCUUUCGCCAAUAGCAACAAUGUUCAGGUCUAUGCCACAGGCCUUGAGGGGCUAUCUGUGCUCAUCAGCUCCUCUCUCAGCAAGAAUGUUCAGCAGAAGGGCAGAUGAGAAUCGUACCCUGGCUGAUAAAGUGGCAGUGGUCACUGGCUCUACCAAAGGGAUUGGCUUUGCCAUCGCCCGGCGUCUGGCCCAGGAUGGCGCGCAUGUGGUCAUCAGCAGCCGGAAGCAAGAGAACGUGAACCAAGCGGUGGCUAUGCUGCAGCGGGAGGGGCUGAGUGUGACCGGCACUGUGUGCCAUGUGGGGAAUGCUGAGGACCGCCAGCACCUCGUGACCACAGCCCUGAAGCACUCUGGGGGCGUUGACUUCCUGGUGUGUGUAGCAGGAGUCAAUCCUCUGGUGGGAAGCACCCUGGGAGCCAGUGAACAGAUCUGGGACAAGAUCUUGGAUGUAAAUGUGAAGUCCCCAGCUCUGUUGCUAAGCCAGUUGCUGCCCCACAUGGAGAAGAGGGGGGGAGGCUCUGUUGUUCUGGUGUCCUCCGAAGUGGCUUAUGUACCAGUACCGAAACUGGGAGUCUACAAUACCAGCAAGACAGCCCUGUUGGGCCUCUGCAAGUCUCUGGCUGUGGAGCUGGCUCCAAAGGGCAUCAGAGUGAACUGCCUAGUGCCAGGGAUUAUCAAGACUGACUUCAGCCUAUGGGGAAAAACAAUGCCGAACAUGCUGCCUGAGCUGAAUAAAAUCUUUGGAUUGCAGCGGUUAGGGGAGCCGGAAGAAUGUGCUGGGCUCGUGUCCUUCCUAUGCUCCUCAGAUGCCAGCUACAUCACUGGGGAGAACAUCACAGUGGCUGGCUUCUCCCCUAAACUGUGA